AUGGAUUUUAGUACCUUUCACAACAUCAUCGGUGGUAAGCCUCGCGGGAGUGACAAUUCUCACUCUGGUGUCGAUCCUCUCACUCGUACUCCGCUGUGGCCCGUUCCCACUGCAUCACCCCAAGAUGUUGACGAUGCGGUUGAGGCAGCUCAGCGAGCGUUGCCUACUUGGUCGAAGACGUCGUACGAUGAGCGAAUCGGGCUCCUAGAGAGGUUUGCCGACUUGUAUCUUUCACGUGCUGGCGAGUUUUGUAAGUUGCUCGCCUCGGAAUGUGGGCGAACAGUGAGUGUAAUUACAGAAUCGGCUAGAGAUGCACUAAAUUGGUCACUCUACAAACUAUCCGAAGAGCAGGUCGAAGAUGACACAAAGACGGCAAUUGUCACCUACGAGCCACUUGGUGUUGUCGCCGCCAUCUGCCCUUGGAACUUCCCUCUCAUGCUAGCGAUUGGCAAGAUUGCGCCCGCUCUUGCUACUGGAAACUGCGUAAUCCUCAAGCCCUCUCCAUUCACGCCGUAUACGUCCCUCAAGCUCGUCGAGCUCGCCCAGGAAGUCUUCCCCCCAUCGGUGAUCCAAGUCCUCAGCGGCGAAAACGACCUUGGCCCGGCACUCGUCAGACAUCCCGGAAUCCAGAAAAUCUCCUUCACCGGGUCUACGGCUACAGGGAAGCAGAUCCUCAAGGAUGGCGCUGAUACGAUGAAAAGGAUCACCCUCGAAACCGCUGGAAACAACCCUGCCAUUAUUCUCCCGGAUAUCAACGUCACAGCCACGGUGCCGCAUAUCUCCGGUGGCCUAUGGUUCAAUGCUGGACAGGUGUGCAUCGCACCGCGUAGGCUGUACAUCCACGCCGACAUCUUUGAUGCCUUUGUUGACGCGUUGGUGGAGACUACCAAGGAGGCAACUAAGGAGAUGACCAAGAUCGGGCCGGUGCAGAAUGAAUUACAGUUUAGGAAACUCGUAAAGACACUGGACGACGCCAAAUCUGCCGGACACGACAUGGCUACAGGUGGACCACUAGCCGAAUCCGAAACAGGAGGUUUCUUUCUCCGUCCGACGAUAAUCAAGGACGCCUCACCAGAGUCAAGCAUCGUCAGCGGGGAGCACUUUGGACCCAUCGUGACCUGCGUCAGAUUCUCUGAUGCCGACGAAGCGGUCCGCCUCGCCAAUGCCGGCGAAUCGGGCCUCGCCGCGAGUAUCUGGACGACCGACUCAACCGCCGCCAAGGCACUCGCGUCACGGCUCGACGUGGGCAGCGUGUACAUCAACGGACCUCCGCAGCCGGACCCACGGGUGCCGUUCGGGGGCCAUAAGCAGAGCGGCCUGGGUGUGGAGUACGGGCUGCAGGGGUUGCUCUCCUUCUGCCAGACCAAGGCUGUGUACCUGUACAAGUGA